CUAUGAAGGGGUGACGUCAGAGAUGGAGAUGUCAUGGCGUCGUCGGAGCUGAGACUGGAGCCUGCCAUUUAGUUAAAGGUUGUCGUCGAUGUGUUCAGCGAAAUGGAGAGGAAUGCAAACCCUCAUCUAGACGCAGGAGGAAGUGUUUUGUGCACAACUAUUCCCACAGAAACCGGAGAUAUCAAAACAGUCGGCGGAGUGAAAGAUGUCUGCGAGAAGAGAGACACUUUGAGUACUUGUGCAAGUGCUAGCGGUGCUAAUGCUACUACACCCUGCACACAAACAUUCGAUGCUGCUGAGACUGUUGACUCUCACACGUCUCAAAGCAAAAGCAUACAACCGAGCGUUUUAACAGAGACACAGUCCGCUGAUGCAGCAGAUCAGCUGAGCAACGGGACGGGAUAUGAAUCGUUGACGGCGGCGGCGGCUACUGUUUCUUCUGGGAAUAAGGAGGGUGGCACCUCAAACUUAGCAAACAACCAGGUCUCCACUGUCUCCAGCAUCACUAACGUGCAAACGGACGGUUUGGAUGGAGAGAUGACCAGCGAACCAACGAAACUGUCCAAGCCAGUCCAUUUGUGCCCGGACAGAGCGAAAUCUGGGAGCUCUAACUCAAACGAUCACACUGUUUCCGACGGUCUUCCGAGUGGCAGCGAGCCGAGCAUCGCAGGCGAGUCCCGCAGCUUUGAUUCACUCGAGUCCUUCUCCAAUCUGAACUCCUGCCCGAGUUCAGACCUGAACAGUGAAGGACUGGAGGAGAAGGGGCUGGUGCUGGCUGUACCGACCGAAUACGGGGCCGAUGGCACGAAAAUCCCCUGGCCUAAAGACCGAGGGACCGGUCAGUCGCUAUACCACAUCAAGUGGAUCAAGUGGAAGGAGGAGAACACGCCUAUCAUCACACAGAAUGAGAACGGGCCGUGCCCGCUGCUGGCCAUCAUGAAUGUUCUGCUAUUGUCAUGGAAGGUCAAGCUGCCACCAAUGAUGGAGAUCAUAACAGCAGAACAGCUGAUGGAAUAUCUGGGAGACUAUAUCCUGGAGGCCAAGCCAAAAGAGAUCUCCGAGGCUCAACGGUUGAACUACGAACAGAACAUGAGUGAUGCCAUGGCAGUGCUGCAUAAACUGCAGACAGGUCUGGAUGUGAACGUUAAGUUCACAGGUGUGCGGGUGUUCGAAUACACACCUGAGUGCAUCGUCUUCGAUCUGCUGGAUAUCCCGCUGUACCACGGAUGGCUGGUUGACCCACAGAUGGCAGAUAUUGUAAAGGCAGUGGGGAACUGCAGUUAUAAUCAGUUGGUGGAGAAGAUAAUCAGCUGUAAGCAGUCAGACAGCAGCGAGCUGGCCGGGGAAGGUUUUGUGGCAGAGCAGUUCCUGAACAGCACAGCGACUCAGCUGACGUACCACGGCCUGUGUGAGCUCACCUCUACCGUACAGGAGGGAGAACUGUGUGUCUUCUUCAGGAACAAUCAUUUCAGCACCAUGACCAAAUUUAAGGCCCAGCUGUAUCUGCUGGUGACGGAUCAGGGUUUUCUUACUGAAGAGAAGGUGGUUUGGGAAAGUCUGCAUAAUGUUGAUGGAGACGGGAACUUCUGCGACUCAGAGUUCCAUCUGAGGCCACCUUCUGACCCAGAAACGGUGUACCGUGGUCAGCAAGACCAGAUCGAUCAGGACUACCUGAUGGCGCUGUCUCUGCAGCAGGAGCAGCAGGGCUCAGAGCUGGGCUGGGAACAGAUCCCAGAAGGCAUCAGUGAUCUGGAGCUUGCCAAGAAGCUGCAAGAGGAGGAGGACCGCAGAGCAUCACAGUACUAUCAGGAGCAGGAGCAGGUGGCAGCAGAAGCAGCUGCACAAGCACAGGGACAACAGCCAGCAGUUGGUGAUGAUCAGGUGGAUAGAGCUACAGCAGCUGGAGCCCCAGCAGGGGGGGCGACAGCUUCUCCAAGCCCAGGAAAACAGCCCUCUACGGCGGAACGCAAACCCAAAAAGGAGGCCAAGGACAAAGACAAAUGCAUCUUGUUGUAACAACAGUGGACUAUGUGGAGUGCGAAACAGGCAGCAGAUUAAUUACAGUGGCUCUGCAAAACAUCUCCCAGUGUGAGGUGGAGAGACCAAGACAAGGAGAGAAAGCAGUGACCGACGGUGAGGACUUGCCAUUCUCAAGCCACUUGUGCCUGUCUCGAACCCUCAGAGUUCUGAAGACCCAGAAAGCAGAGAGGGGUGUCACUACAAAGACUAUCACAACAUAUUUCGUAGAGCUGGCAAAUGUUCUCAGCAGGAAAACCACUGCAGUGCACUAUAUUUGUGGGGGUUCACAAGGGAGUAUUUGUAGUAAAACAAAGGUAAUGUAUACAUAGCACCAGGCAAAGCUUUCAUAAUACGAAGCAUUUUUUUUUUUUUUUUGUGGAUUUCUGUUAUUGCUGAUGUUUAUAAGCUAUUUUAUACCGAUUUACCUGAACAUAUGCAUAUGUAGAAUAGUUGUAUUGGUCAAUUUAUGUUAUUUGACUGAAAGAUAUCAGAGAAAUUUUUAUGAAAGGCCACUCAAAUGAGCAGGUAGCAAGCCAACAGGUUGCUCGGCAAAGUGAUGUCUCUGGACAUGAUGUAGGCUCUUGUACUUUGCCUGGCAGUGUGAUGUCAAAUCACUGAAAUUGUGCAAACUAGGAGUGACCUCUAAAAGAUCCUGAUAAAAAUGAUUUAUCGAGUUCAAAAUUGUUUGCAUCAGUACAGUAUGGUUAUGUAAAGUCAUCUGUAACAGGAAAAUUAUUUCUGUCAGUAGGACACUGCUGUUAAUGAGCUAACAACUGACACUAAAGUCCAUAGCUUUAAAUGUCAUAAUUAGUAGGCAUUAUAAAUAUAUAUAUAUAUAUAAGUUUCCUCACCCUUAGAAUUUCAAUUUCCAGCCAAAAGUCCAGUUCAUAUUUGCCUCAUUAAAUUAUACAGAGUGCUAUAUUUCAUGUACCAUUUUUGCAUAUGUAUUCGUAAGUUAGUUUUGAGCAGCUAGAAGUCUGUCCAUUUCAAACCUUGCUCCAGUGCUAGAGUAGAUAAAACAUUUUCCCAAUAUGUUGGUAGUCUUGGUAUUUAGAGUCAAACUGCCCUAUAUAUACAGUGUAUAUAAGUAGAAUCCUAUAAAAAAAAAGAAUCACUUCACUGGAAAACCUGGCAUUGCCCAAUGAACUAGAAAUGCUCUGGACCUAAAACUUAAGAUAUUUACAUUUUUAUCUUAAUUGUUUGUCAUUGAACUCCAGCUAUUUAAUUUUCACACUAAUUCAUGUACAUUGUACAUAUUCAUAUAUAUAUAUAUGAAUAUGUAUACACAUGGAUGUAAGGUAGAGCAAGGAAAUGAUAACUCGAGCCCAUCCCUUUAUAGUACUGCCACCUGACAGACAUGGUCUUUUUCUAUACAAAACAUUCCAGCUAUAGGCCUUGAACUGAGCAGUGCGAGUCUCGGACUCAGAGAAACACUAAUCUUUCUGUGAGCAAACCAUUUAUCUGCUCUCAAUGCAAAAAUGAACAAGUUCGAAUCUAGAGAUGCUCAUGGAAAUGACAGUUGUUGGACAGAGCUGGAACAUUUGGUCCUUCAGUGGCUAAUCCUUUCUGUAUAUAAGCCUUACAAUAUUUACAGUAUCUUUUAUACCGACAAAAAAUGGGUGCAAGACAAGACUGAGACAAUCUGUAGACCUUACCGUAGACAGAAAACCGCACAGGCCUUCACAGAAGGAACAUAUCCAUGAGUGUCUUGCAAACAGUUUGAUGUGUAUUAGCUGCCUUGGUAAAGGAUAUAGAUUAAAAUCAAUAUAAAAUACAGGGUUAAAUUUGAAAAGGUCCUUUUUCUCAUGUGUUAUAGUACUAUAUUGCCGUAACAGCACCAUUUCAACCCCAGGAAAUAGGCUUUUAAAAUAAAACAUGGCUGCAUUGAAGUCAUUUUUAUUUUAUUUUUU